AUGCAGUCAGACAGUCAAAAUCUUCUGAUACAGAGCGUGAGAGCGACGAAAUCUGCUGUGAGACCACUCGAUCAAACGAUGGCGGCUCAGACUCAACAAUCCUUGGUCAACGUGAAUACAGCUAUGCAACAGCAGAAAACUACAAGAGCUGCCGAACUUGCUGAUUCGUUGGUUACCCAACCUGGUGAACCUGAGCUGAAGUCGAUGACGAAGCAACCAACAAUGAAAGCAGCCAUUCCUCCGCCACCUCCACCGCCAAAACCGGCACCCCUUGCUGAACCACUACCCCUUUCGAUGACCGCAAUCGCAGGUGAAGGCCAGUAUGAGGACGUCGUACCUGAUGAACUGCUUACGGCCAUGCCACCACCUCCACCGCCUCCACGCGCAGUUCCAGUCCCAGCCCGCCCACAAAGAUGCGCAUCCGAAGAUACAGUAUUAUCGAAGUCUAAAAUGGUUCCACCAUUGAAGCCAUCAUCGGUACCUGCAGCUGCAGAAGGGCAGUACGAGGACGUGGUACCCGAGGCAUUACUUCAGGCUGCACCGCCACCUCCUGUGGCAAAACCGAAGCCAACUCCUUUGCCACCUAAACCUUUAGCAAUUCCAUUAAAACCUCCAGGAGGUGCGCCCAUGACAAGAACAGGAAGAGCCGUACAUAUAGUCAUCCCAAACAAGUCGUUCAACGUGUUCAAUGUUGUCUAUGUCAGCCAAUCAUUUAAAAAUCGCAACGAUAAACUAUAA